AGAAUCAAAAAAGACGGUUGGGAAGUGUAACAUCACACAUCGAUUCGGCGGCUCGCGUCGAGCCCGAAAAAACUUUCCUCUUCCGCGUUCUUUUCCCAAGGCCUGGCCGUGUGUGGUUGCGACAAAGUCGCGUAGCCCGGCGUCGAACGUUGACGCGUACAUACGCGUGUAGUGAGGUGUAAGUGAUUCUGCUUGACAAACGUAUAUUGUUACGCCGAUGGAAACGUGACUGUCCCUUAGUCCUGUCCUGCGGUGGUUCCUGUCACGGGCAGCAGCACUAGCAGCAGUGGCAACACAUUGCAGCGGCAGCAACCCUCUCGUUCAACCCCCAUCUUUCGAGAGUCUCGUCGCUGACACCGAGGGAGGGAAGCUUGGUGCGCUGAUAACAGCCGCGGGACGGAGGUCACUGCAUUGCGAUCGCUGGACGUAAACAUCGAGGGACUUGCCGAAUAAAAAUAUCUUGGACAGUUAUGCGAAUUUGAAGCCGCGCGAGUCAUCGAAUGACAACAGUUUAUGUAUACGUAAAUUUCGGGAGUGUCGUAAAAGUUAUCGGGCGAAAUUACGUCGUGUUACGUUGUAUUUUAAUAUGAGUUUCGCGAGUGAUAAUAAAUACGAUAUACUCAAUAGAUUGUCGUACGUGAAUAUCGUUGAAAGUGCUGCAUAAAAACUAAAUUUUAAAUACUGCGAAUCUGUUUUAAAUACCGCGAGUGCCAUGAAUGAUACCGAUUGAUCAUCGAUGGAAAAUCGAAGCUUUGGACUGAAAAUGGAAUGGAUCAACCGAUGGGAAAAAAGUAGCGGAACGACGAUCGGUUAGCGGCGCUGCGGCGUCUACGUCGGCGAGAUACCAACGUCGACGACGACGACGACGACGACGACGACGUGGAAGACAACGGCGUGAUCGCGCGGCGGGGGUAGUGGGGUUGAAAAUCGGCGUUUGCCCGGUCACCCUCCCUCGGGCUCUCAACCCCUCAAACGCUCUCUCGUGGUCCCCUCCUAGAGAUCUACUGCCCCUAUCUUCCCCCAUUCUCCACAUAUACUGCCUGCGGAGUUUCACCGUCAUAUCCACGUGCGUGCACAUCGGGCUUACGCGUACGCUGGUUCACGCGUAAUCACGCAUACAGACACGGUUCCGGACGGAAGGAGAGAGAGAAAGAUCCGCAUUAGUACGGACGCGCUUGCGCCAGCAGGAUUCGACAUAGUGGGGUCGCGUCGUUGGACGGCGUAGUAGGGAGAGCGCCGCUUGGUGGGGAACGUGUGUCACCUGUCGCAACAGCAGUGUGACGGUGACCGUCGGUGGGUGCAGAUGGUCGAUACGCGUGUGGGUUUUUAAUCGUUCCAUAGAAAGUCGUACGUCGCUUAUUAAACGCAACUCGCGCGUGGACGCUUUUACGCGUGAGCGCGAGUGCCGGCUGUAUAAUUGUACUCGCGUCGCCCUUUUCGCCGUGCAUUGCGGCGCGCGUGUCCAACGCGCGCCAUUCGUCUCGUGAAUGUAUCGCUUGGUCGCUGCGAGGCGGCCGAUCGUCGUCAUCGGGAAAACAUGCGUUCGGCGGGCCGCCGGUGGACGACCGUGGAUGCAACGACCGCAACGAGGAACGACGAGGUCGCGCUGCACGUGACUGCUGCAGCAUCCGCGCAGCUCCCGGCGCAGUGAGUGUUUAGAAAGCAACGCGCGCACUUUCCGCAACCCAGUGGAUUAUAGGUUAACUCGCGCACCACGGUGUCGCGGGCGUUGUCGUUGCCGAGCGUGUUCCAUCGCGCGCGGCGUACAGUGUGACGGUGAUAUAUACGGUGUGCGGUACGUGUUCGCGAUUCUUUCUUGAGUAUCGUUCUCGCGUGUGCCGUUUUCCAAUCGUUCGGUGCCCGCGGCGAAGACUGCAAACCCUGGCACGUCAUUUCGAGCGCCGCUGCAACACCAUCGCGAGAAGAUGAGGCGCGCCAGCCUCUGUGUUGCUCCCAGGAUGUACCCGUUGCUGUCCUGCUGGUGCGUUAUCGCGACAGUCACUCUCACCCUGGCGGCAUGGCAGGAAAACGUCAGGCCGAAGAUGUACGUCCAACUAGGUGCAGAGGAUGUGUUCAGGUUUACGGGAAACGAAACGCACACAGACUACUUUCGGCUCGUGCUCAGGGACGGGAACUAUCUCCUGGUCGGCGGAAGAAAUCUGGUGCAUAAUCUCAGUCUAACUGACUUGACGGAACAGCAGAGGCUGACCUGGUACUCGACAGAGAAUGACGUGAAGAUGUGCGUUGUCAAGGGCACACCCGAGGAGAACUGCCAGAAUUACAUUCGCAUUCUGGUGAAGACCGGGCCGAACAAUCUGUUUGUGUGCGCCACUAACGCCUUCAAACCCAUGUGCCGCGACUACACGGUGCACGCGGGCAACUAUUCGAUGGAGAAGGAGAAGGGCGGCCAGGCGAAGUGCCCGUACGAUCCGCAACAUAACAGCACCUUCGUCUACGUCGACGGUGAACUCUACACCGGCACAGUCGCCGAUUUUGCGGGCAUGGACCCGAUCAUCUACAGAGAACCGCUGCAGACCGAGCAGUACGACUCAAUGAGUCUGAACGCACCGAACUUCGUAAGCUCCAUGUCCCAAGGAGAUUUCGUCUACUUCUUCUUCAGAGAGACUGCUGUAGAAUAUAUCAAUUGCGGCAAGGCUGUGUACUCUCGCGUUGCGCGAGUCUGUAAAUACGACCGGGGCGGACCGCAUCGUUUUCGUAACAGGUGGACGUCCUUCCUCAAAUCGCGUCUCAAUUGCUCUGUCACCGGCGAUUUUCCGUUCUACUUCAACGAGAUACAAUCGACGACCGAGUUGAUAUCGGGCCAGUACGGCGGCACGUCGGCGCAACUCAUCUACGGCACAUUUACGACGCCGGUGAACAGUAUAAGCGGCUCGGCGGUGUGUGCGUUCUCGCUGCAGGAUAUCGCCGAUACCUUCGCCGAAUUCAAGGAGCAAAGCGCCAUGAACUCCAACUGGCUGCCGGUGCAAGACACCAAGGUGCCGGAUCCGCGACCCGGUCAAUGCACCAACGAUUCGCGAACGCUGCCUGAUCUGACGCUGAACUUCAUCAACACACACUCGCUAAUGGACGAGUCGGUGCCGAGCUUUUUCGGCCAGCCGAUUGUUAUACGCACCAGUUUCCAUUACAGAUUUACCCAGAUUGCCGUGGAUCCACAAGUGAAAACUCCAGGCGGCAAGACUUACGAUGUUCUCUUCAUCGGCACGGACAACGGCAAGGUGAUCAAAGCGGUGAACGCCGAAUCGGCGGACUCUCACCAGAAAGUCAGUCCGGUCGUUAUCGAGGAGAUACAGGCGUUUCCGCCGACGGUGCCGGUUCGCGGCAUUAAGGUCGUCCGAGCCUCGCAGGCGGGCGACGGCCUCGAGGACGGUCGAUUAGUCGUCAUCGCCGACAGCCAAGUACAGGCGCUCAGACUCCAUCGCUGCUACAGCGGCAGGGUAUUAUCCUGCAGUGAGUGCGUCGCAUUGCAGGAUCCGUACUGCGCCUGGGACAGUACUGAUAACAAAUGCAGAGCAUUGGUCGGCCCGGGGGUGACGGACGCCAGCAGAUUCUUGCAGAGCGUCGCAACCGGCAUACACGCGGCCUGCCCGACGAGCAAGAACAUCAAUAAGGACGCCGGUAACGUCGGCGCUAUCUCCACCAAUAACAAGUUCCCAGCGGACUCGAUGAUACCGAACAAAGAGAGCCAAGGCGGUGAGAUCAUCAAUAUCAUGCACGACGAGGAACAAGCUAAUUCAGGUCCGGAAGUAUCCGCAGCUGAUACUCCUCUUCCGCAAUACUCCGUGGAGACUCUGGUGAUGGCCGUAGUAGCCGGUGCGUUAGCCGCAUUGUUCGUCGGCUUCGUGGCCGGUUAUCUGUGCGGUAGAAAGUGUAGGAAAGACGAGGACGACAAUCUACCGUAUCCGGACACGGAGUACGAGUACUUCGAGCAACGCCAAAACGUAAACAGCAGGUUGGCGCCUGAGCCAAAGCUGCUGCCGCAAGAGGAGGUGACCUACGCGGAGCCCGUGCUGGUGCCGCAACCGCCGAAACUUCAGUCGCCGAAAGGCACCAUGAGAAAACCACCGCCCACGCCCACAGAGACGCUCUUUCAAUUUCCGGAUGGUUACGGUUUCCGCGGCGGUCCGCGCGGCGACAACUUCGGCACCUUGCGCUCUCAUCAGGGCGACGCGUAUCGCCGCAACGAUGGCUUUGCGACCACGCGCAGCGUUAAGAAGGUUUAUCUCUGAGAAACGAGCGAGGAGGGGGGUGGCCGUCACCGGAGCUUAGGACGGCCAGCGCGCAACCGCCACAACGCGACGACGGCCGGCAGGAGUAGUCGCGCUGUGACGUCCGGGGGACAGUCAAAUCGCGAGCUCGCCGGCCCGAGGGCACUAGAAUCACCCUCGCCGUCGUCGAGUGCGUCUUCGAGUUCCCCGUCCCCUCCCUCCUCGUCACCCUCACCCACCCUCGUACCGAUCGCCAUGAGCGGCCAGCAACCACCGCCGCCGCCAACGCCACCCUGCAGUUUUAUCUAUCGAUCAUAGUCGUCAUCGACAUCGUCGUCGUCAUCAUCAUCGUUAUCGCCGUCGCCAUCGCGGUCAUCAUCGUACUCUGCUUUUUGCUCGACGACACAAAGAGACGGAAAGGAAAAAACGUUCUACAGUCUUAGCGUGCUAUUUCAAAAUGUAUAGAUUGAAUAAUCGGAAGGUGAAUCCAGGCAAGAGAUCUCACAGUACUUCGAUGGGAACUUUUUUUGUUUCUUGUCUUCGAUGUCAAAAUAUCUCUUUGUUCCGCGCGUGGCUUUUAUUUUGACACUGAAUAUUGUUUUCGUCGUAAAGAGAAAUUACGGCAUUAGAAUUUUGUAUUGAUCGAGUCUAGACGUUACUGUUUAUUUGCUUAGCAGGAAUCGUUCGAGGAAUUUGCCUUGCGAAUCGAUAGUUUGUCAUGAACAUUGCAAAACGUCAGUCCAACCAAUCGUGCGUAGAGCAGGUUAUUUACGCGUAUUCACGAAUCGUCGCAUAAUCAUAAUACAGCAUUUCAUAAUUCUCAUAGGAACUGCAUUCCAGCCGGAAAUGUUUCGAUGGACGUUACGUUGAUCAAUAACUCGCUUGUUUGUGCGUAAUGAAAAAUAAGUGAGGCGAGCGCAAACAGUUUAGCAUAGCAAUUGUUAUCGGUUAUCGUAGACCUUUAGUACUAAUUCGUAAAAGAACGGGACAAGUAGAACAAAGAAAGAAAAAAAAGAGAUUCUACGGUUAUUGAUGCUCUAAUAUAUUAAGUCGAAUAAACUUUGAUGAUUAGGCUCGAUUGACAAAAUAGUGCGAACGUUACGCGACGAUUCGCAGCAAAAUGUCGUAAUCUCCACUAUUUUAUUAAUUGACAAUUAGUAUCGAGAUCGAUGUGUAAUUAUAAAGCUAUACAACAUAGUACUGCGACGGAGGCUUUUUUCUUAAAGUCAAUUAAAGGAGACUAUCCGCAAAACUCGAAACACGCAAUUUUUCUAACAUUGUAAUAUUUAAUACGAGUGAUUGAUAGUGCCAUUAUAGAUCACGUAACACUGCUGCGUGCCUCGAAAUUAAAGGCGAUCAUGAUGAUCAUCGACGUUGUUGGCUGAAUGUUUUUUGUAAUUGGCCAAAUGGUAACGUGUUAAAUGCAUUUAAUUAAAUGUACUAAUCUUUAUAUAUUUUUUUUUGUUUUAUUUUGUAAUUUUUUCUUUCUAUUUACUAUAUUUAAUAUAUUAUAAAUCGUAUAGCUAUGCACCUGAGGAUUAUUAGACUAUUAUUAGACUUAAAGUUUUUGCUCGGACAUAAAGAAGUAAUCUUUAAAAGCAUUAUCUUUAAAAGUCCACCGUUUUUUAAUAUAACUUUUACAUUUUGAUGUUUUCAUAUUUUGAUAAAAUGUGAAUUUUAUCGAGUGAUAUUUUGUUAUCACAUUAAAUAGAAAUUUGCAUCAUGCAUAAAAUUGUGGAGAUUGCUAUAUUGAGUAAUUUAAGAAACUUUGACGUGUCGCAGCUAACUAACGCAAACUAUGUUGCUGCAGAUAUGUUGAAAAAUGAAUCGUCCAAAGACGAUUACGUUCUAGUUUUUUGUAUGCCGGUUUAUCUAGUUCUGUGUAUGCUUCGGAGACGCGCGUUCUCAACGCCUGCACAUAUACGUAAUAGAGAGCGGAUAAAAGUGACAGAGGGAGAUGAAGUGAGAGAGAGAGAAAGAGAGAGAGAGAGAGGCACAGCGCUUAUAUGUACAUAAUACAUAUAUACAAAGCAUAUACAUCAUUUAGGGGUUUUAAAGACAAGAGGAAUAGAAACGAAUACGAAAAAUCAGUCCACCUAACCUGGGCCCGAUGGUGUAUGUAGACAUCUAUCUUAAAGUGCUUCUUAUUUCAGUGUGUUUAGAAGUAAACGUGUAUGUGAUAUAUUCUAUAUGACGAGAUGCUUUCUAAGCAUCGGAGGGUGAGAGAGACGUGGAGAGGGUUUUUAACUUUGGGAGCUCUCUCUUUGGAUCUGAGAUGAGACAGACACACGUGGUGAUGAAUCACGGUCUUUUGUUCACAAGAAUUCGUCGCUGCGCUUUAUAAGCAUUUUUUGUACAGUUUCUUUUUUUCUUUGUGUCUAUUUUUUACGCAUACAUGUACAUCAAUUUCUAGUUGAUUUCUGACAUCUCCGGUCUCCCGCAAUUCUAUGACGUCGCGAAAAAGCUACAUUCCAACAUAUUGUCUUUCAUCGAUCGUGGAAUUUUGUGAACAAUCGAACCUGAACUCUUUGACACGCACAUACAAGCACACGGAUACAGACUACAGGUUGUAAACUUCUAUAAAUUCCAUUACCACUUUUUUCUUUUAAUUAAUUGUUAACUCGUUUAGUUUUUUUGCAUGUAUAUUAAAGUAUGUCUGAAGAGCUCGCGCCGGAAAAUCGUAAUCCCUCAAAUCGUAAGACUGAACAGAUACUCUAAAGACGAAAUAUUCUCAAUGCGUUUCUUUUUUCUUUUUUAUAAGUUUUAUAAUCAGCGUGAACGAAAAACAUUUUCUUUAAGUGACACAAA